AUGGAGAGAGGUAUUAGUUUGAAAAUGUAUUAUAAUGGUCAAAUCUUUCCCCAAACAUCUGAAGGUGUGAGUUUUGUUUGUGAGAAUCCACGUGAUAUUGUUAUUCCUUUUGCAAUAACAUACGAGGAAUUUAAGAGUAUACUUUGUCAAUGUGGUGAUAAUCAAGUAUUAAAGAGAGUCGUUAAUAUUUUUUAUAGACAGCCUGUUUUAGUGUUCGGUGGUUUCGUUCAGUUUCAAAUGAUGAGUGUGGUUGACGAAGGAAGUAUGCAAGGAAUGUUUUCGAUCUACCAACAAACACGAGCACAAGUGUCUAUUCUCGAAUUGUAUGUUGAGUUUGAAGAAUUAGUUGAGGUUGAUUUACCGGAGGCUAACAUCGACUGGACUGUUUAUAACAGUGAAAGCGAAGAGGAAUUUGAGGGCACCUACCAUAUUGUUGGUCCAACUGAAGAAGUGGGUGAAGAUGAUAUAAUAGUUGAGUCUAACGUAGCAGAUGUGGCAAAUGCACUGGCGAGCCAAUAUCCAUCUAGAGAGCCUUCUUUCAUGCACGCCUUGGAUGUAGACGCUAUGAAUGCACCAGAAUUUCCUGAAUAUAUCAAUUCAAAUCCUGUUGUUGUUUCGGACGGUGAAUUUGUUGUUGGCAUGGAAUUUAGUUCUAGAGAGACUGUUAUUGCAGCAAUUAAAGAUUAUACCAUUCGCAGGGGAGUGGAUUACCGGGUGUGUGAAUCUGAGCCAACGACUUUUUAUGCUAAGUGUGUACAAUACGGAAGAAGUUGCGAUUGGCUUAUUAGAGCUAGUCUUAUUAAGAGAAAGUUUUGUUGGGUUGUAAGGCGAUACAAUGGUAGUCACACAUGCACUAGAACUAGAAUUUCUCAAGAUCAUGCCAAGCUAAAUUCAGACAUGAUUGCAGAGGUGAUAAAGCCAUUGGUUGAAGCUGAUCCAUCUUUGAAAGUGAAAUCAAUAAUUGCUGAAGUGCAGUCAAAAUUCAAUUAUACGACAAGUUACCGCAAAGCAUGGCUCGCGAAGCAAAAGACAAUUGCAAACAUUUUUGGUGGUUGGGAAGCUUCUUAUGAAGCUUUGCCGUCGUGGUUUGAAGCAAUGGUACAAAAAGAUCCAUCAGCAGCAGUCGAGAUUGAAACUGCACCAGCAUACCAAGGGGAUGAGGUAGUCCAUGAUGUAAGGAUACUGACGCGGGUAUUUUGGAGCUUUUAUCCUUGCAUCAGAGCAUUUAGGAGCUGCAAGCCAAUCGUACAGGUGGAUGGGACACAUCUGUACGGGAAAUAUAAAGGAGCUCUACUAGUUGCAGUUUCUCAGGAUGGCAAUGGCAAUAUUGUGCCUCUUGCAUUUGCCGUUGUUGAGGGUGAGACUUCUGAUGCAUGGCACUUCUUUCUUACUCAUUUACGCACACAUGUGGUGACUCGAGAUGGUGUUGGGCUUAUCUCUGAUCGUCACGACUCUAUUACCUCAGCAAUAGCUCGUAGUAAUGGAUCAUGGGAACCUCCAAGAGCUAUCCGAAUGUUUUGUGUUAGGCACAUAGCAUCCAACUUUUUGAGGAAUUUCAAGGCACCGUAUUUACAGAAGCUGAUAGUCAAUAUGGGCUAUUGUAGGACUGUGCAUGAAUUUAAUGUGCAGUAUGCAAGAUUACGUGAACGUGGUGAGGCUUACACGCGAUGGCUUGAUCGAAUUCCACGACAGCAAUUUGCUUUGGCAUUUGAUAAUGGAUACCGUUGGGGUCAUAUGACCACAAACCUAGUGGAGUGCAUCAACGGAGUACUGAAGGGAGCUCGAAAUCUUCCUAUCACGUCACUUGUGAAGGCAACUUUUUAUAGGCUAAAUGAGUUGUUCACUAGGAAGAGGGCUGAGGCUGAGGUUCGAAGGAAUGCAGGACAUGUAUUUUCUGAAUAUGCUAGCAACAAACUGCAAUCAAAUCAGCAAGCAGCAGGAAACAUACAGGUUAACCUAUUUGACAGGCAAAAUGAGAUCUUUGAGGUACGUGAGAUGCCCAUUGGUAUCGAGUAUGCUGUGAAUCUCCGUCAACGGUAUUGUGAUUGUGGUGAGUUUCAGACAGAUCGAAUCCCAUGUCGCCAUGUCUUUGCGUGUUGUGCGAACCAACGACUUGAUUGGCAACAAUACGUUCAUGAGGUCUAUAGGAUGGAUGAGAUAAGAAAGGUGUAUAGAGCACGGUUUAAGCCAUUAGGAAAUCCAGCAACAUGGCCGGUGUAUCAAGGACCAAGACACAUACCUAAUCCGCACUUAAAGCGGGUUUCCAAAGGGCGUCCCAAAAUAACCCGCUUCUUGAAUGAAAUGGAUAUGCGUGAUAUGCGUGGUCCUAGGCGUUGUAGGCUUUGUGGAGGCGAAGGCCACAGUCGAAGUAGAUGCCCCCAUCGUGCAGGGCCUAGUGCUGGUGGAUCUGCACCUAUGUCUUAG